AGUCUCCAUCAAGUGUCGUAGAGAUAAUUGUUUCAUUUUUCAUUCGAGUGGAGAUAUCAACCUGUAUAAAGCUAGGGAAGGAGAUUAGUACGACGAUCAGUAAUAGACUGACCGGAAGAAUGGGUUUCGUCAAGUUGAUCGUCUUGCUGUUCAUUAGCAAUGCGUUGUCUUGCCAACUUCCUAAUGUACCGGACCCAUCCUCGGGGAUCAGACAGGUCUCAAAAAAUGCAGUGAUCAAUAUCGAGGCGAGAGCCGGUGGCUCGGUAGUUCUCAACGCCACGAAGAACGAUGGCACCAACAUGAGAAUUGAACUUCAAUUUUCCGGAUCGUCGCCUACCGCUACUCCGAGAGUUACAAGUUGUGGCCAAUAUUCCACCUGCAUAGCCGACGAGCGAGGAACUCACACGACCAUCGAAGUGAACCCGACUCGAGAAUUUGUAAUCGUCCAGAGGAACUCGUCUUCCUCGUCGAGUCGAUUCAGCGAUUGCUUCUCAUUGCAAGAUGAUACGCAGUGGGUGGGUGGUCCCCAGCAUCGGUACCAACACUGGCCAAUCCAGCACAUGUACUUCGAUGAGGAGCCUUAUGUCCCGUCACACCCGACGAAUAUGGCUAUCACCGAGAGAUACUGGCUCUCAAGCAGAGGGUUCUACAUCUACGUUCCUUCAACCGUUCACCUUUUCCUGGAUCAGAACAACAUAAAGGACAAGUACCUGUGCCUGCUAGCCCAGAACAAAGCGCCAUACACCAAAGACGGGAACGUGACAACCUCCUACGAAUUCGGAUUCUUUACGAACUCACGUCUCGCGCAUGAGUCUGUCGUCAAACGUCACUUGGGAAAACCAUUAGGACAUCCUGAUGCCCGUAUGAUACAGCACCCCAUUUACUCGACGUGGGCCAGGUACAAGGCCAAUGUCAGCGAGAAGGUCGUCAACGAGUUUGUGGAUGAGAUUGUCUCUCAUAAAUUCAACAACAGUCAGUUAGAGAUCGAUGACAAUUGGGAGACCUGUUACGGAUCUGCUACGUUUGAUACUACGAAAUUCCCUAAUAUCACACGACUGGCUGAUACACUAAGGCAGAAAGGGUUCAGGACUACACUUUGGAUUCAUCCUUUCAUUAAUGUUGGGUGCGAACCUGCUUAUUCGUACGCUAAGAAUAAUAGUUACUUUGUAAAAAAUAGUGAUGGAAGUACGUUUACAACAUGGUGGCAAGGCAACGAUGGAGCUGGAGUAAUAGAUUUCACCAAUCCGACAGCUGUGGCCUGGUGGGUGGCAAGAUUGAAAGCCCUCGAAAAACUAGGAAUAGAUUCCUUCAAGUUUGAUGCUGGUGAGCCAUCCUGGCUUCCCCAGAUAUCGGAGCUGAGCGGAGCACCGGGUUCCAAACCAGGUAUCUUUACCAAGGAUUAUGUGAAUGCUCUUGCCAUUAACUUCAACAACAUCAUCGAGGCUCGAGUUGGCUGGACCUCGCAGGACCUGCCAAUCUUCAUCAGGAUGAUCGACAAGGACACAAGGUAUACUUGGAACAAUGGGCUCCCAACGUUGAUCACGACUCUGCUUCAGAUGAACCUGGCAGGGUACGUUUGGGUUCUUCCAGACAUGAUCGGAGGAAAUGGAUAUUUAGAUGGAUCACUGAACGGCACUUUCCUGCCUACAAAGGAUCUCUUCAUCAGGUGGCUGCAGUGCAAUGUAUUCAUGCCUUCUUUGCAGUAUUCUUUCGUUCCUUGGGAUUACGAUGACGAGACAAUUGCAAUCAGCCGCACAUUUACGAAUCUUCACUCUCAAAUAACCCCAACUAUUCUGAGACUUAUGAAUACAACGAUUAAAACUGGAGCACCACUGAAUCCCCCUAUUUGGUGGGUCGAUCCUACCGAUCAACAGGCUCACAAAAUCAAUGAUGAGUUCCUCUUGGGAGACGAAAUCCUCGUAGCCCCAGUGAUUGAGGAAAAUGUAAGCUCUCGCGAUGUGUAUUUGCCAAGAGGUACCUGGAAGGAUGCUAAUACUUACCGCAUUUAUGAAGGACCAACUUGGAUACGAAACUACCCUGCACCGCUGAACGUUCUCCCGUGGUUCGUUAAACAAGGAUAAUUUUUGAAGUUUCUCAUCGACUGAAAAUGUUAUGUACGGUAGAUAUCUAAGGAAAAAUUAUCGGUUGCUACUGAUAAAAAUGCUAUGUUAUCAAUAAAUCAAUAAAAAACAUUUGAAUUAUA